AUUGUGAAUGUAAUAAAGAGUCAUAAAAUUGAAAUGUACAAUAGAUAUCAUAAAUUUUUGUAAAAAAACAAUGUGAAUAAAUAUGUGAUAUAUGAUAAAAAAUAUAUAUAUACAUAUAUAAUAAUAUGAUAGAAAAGUAGAGUGAUAGAAAGAUAUGUUAUCAUUAAAACUGUAUUUGGAUGAAUAUCGUAAUUAAUUGAUAUAAGAUUAAAAAAAAAAAAUGACAACAGCUCAAGGCACACCAGAGUCAGAUACUGGAAGUUUUGAAUGUUUUCAAAACUAUACAGCACCAGAGGUAUUUAUACAAGGUUUGGCUGGAAUUGUUGAUCAACAAGAUGUAGAAUCUAUGAUAAGAGCUCAAAAACAAAUGUUGCAAAGAUUUGAAAAGACCAACGAAAUGUUAACUAAUUGCAAUCAAUUGUCAAUUAAUAGAUUGAAAACUGCUGGCAAUGAAUUUAAAAAACAUACAGCACUUUUGGUGGAAAUGAAAAGAGAUUUAGAUUAUAUUUUCAAAAGAAUUCGUAUUGUAAAAAAUAAACUAAGCCAACAAUAUCCUCAAGCGUUUAAUGAAGCUGUUAGAAGCAGUUUAGCAGAAGAAGUAAUCGUUGAAGAUGUAGAUUGUUCUGUAAAACCGCUCGAACCUGAAAUUGUUCCAUUACCGAGUGUUACUCAUACUGAUAUGGAUCGAGAUCCAGAUUCUGAUGUGCCGGUUGAGGAGUUUCAAUUCGCAAAGCUGCGGAAACGACGAAUAAAGAGCAACGAUAGUUCAUCAACGGAGAGCAACAACGAUCAAAGUAACGCUGAUACUUCGUCCUGCACGUCUGAUACUGGUUAAAGAGUUCCUUCCAGUUAUAGAAUCGGAAGACUACGAAAAAGAAGAAUUUAAAAAAAAAAAAAAAAAAAGAGUAAAAUAAAAAAAAGAUUAAAACAAAAGUUGAAAUUUUAUAUGCUGACGUUAUCGCGAAAAUUGUUAGCCGACAAUAACGUUUUAGUUGGAUCGGUAGCAAACGGUUAUAAAAACUUGAAAAUUUUUUUGAUUAUAUAUGCAUACUUUCACGUACAAAAAUAGAUGUACGCGUAUCUUUGUAAAUUGCAAAUCUGUGAAUUCUGUCAGUAUCGAGUAACGCUAUAAUAAAGCAUUGUUUGUACACUGUA